UGUACUUUCACAAAUGUAAGUAUGUUUGAAAUAUAGUUAUGUAUUUUUUUUUCACCUGGGAAUAAAGGAAGUAGUUUACACAAGGUAAUUGUGCAACUUUAUUUUUUUGCAGCCGAAAAACAAGUUUAGUUAAAAUUAGAAGUGUGUCAUUGAGCAAUGGUGCACAGCUUUAAAAUCCACAAAUUCAUUCAACAAACCCAUCAAAUUGAGAGCAAUUUGACUUUUCCUGUACUCAGUAAAUUAUAACCAUGAUUCUGAAAGCGUCCUGAAAGCUGUCAUAGUUAAAAACUCCUCUGCAGCAGAUGGGAAGUAUAAACAUAUUGAGUAAACCUUUGAAUAAGGGGAAGGAAAGACGUAGGCAGCUAUAAAGAAGAAGUAUUCUGGGAACUUCUCUUUUUUUCACAAGAUAGAAGAAGGUUAUAGUUGUUCAGCAGGUUGAGAUGUGAGGAUGGGACACGCUUGGCUUUACGUGCUGUUCUUGUUCAGUUCAGUCAUCAGUGGAUUCGCCCAAGUUUCCAAUCGAGCCUCUGUGAUUCUGAUACAUAAUGGGCCUCUGAUAUACAAAGGUGAGUUAGUUUAUCUCCAGUGUCGGAUCACAGGAGGAGAAGGACCAAAGUGGACGUAUGAAUGGAGACCAACCAGGUUAAAUGAACCCAAGACAUCCAAUGGAUACAUUGUAAUACAGUCAGCUAAUGAGACUCACAGUGGAGGAUACAGCUGCAGAGGAACUAAUGGGAGUGACUCAACAGCCUGGAGUGAUGUUGUUGUAUUAACUGUGUAUAAACUGUCUGUGUCUCCAUCAUGGCUGAGUCCUGGAGCCUCAGUGAAUCUGAGCUGUGAGGUUCAACAUCCUCCUGCAGGAACCAGGUUCUUCUGGUAUAAAGCUGUUCCUAAACCACCAGGAAAUCUCUACAGCUAUGAGCUGCUGCCUGGCAGCGCUAAUGGGACUGAUGACAAUGUCUACAUUGUUCAUGGACUCAAUAACACAGCAGGUUACGUGUGUGAAGCAGGAAAUGGAGAUCUAAAAUACAGACAUCCAAGUUUUGUCUGGUCAGCAGAUCCUCAUCCAGCAGCUUCUCUCUCAGUGAAGCCCGACAGAGUUCAACACUUCAGAUCUGAAUCUGAGUCUCUGAGCUGUGAGGGAAACUCUACUGGGUGGAGAAUGAUGAGGUUUACAGAAACAGAUUCAGUGUCAGAUUGCUACAGAUGGGGGAGAAUAACUGGAUCUACAUGCACCAUCAACAUGAACCAGUCUCGUAGUGGAGUGUUCUGGUGUGAGUCCAGAUCAGGAGAGUUCAGUAAUGCCAUCAACAUCACUGUACAGGACAUUAAGAAUAAUAUUAUCCUGCUGAGUCCUGUUCAUCCUGUGACUGAAGGAGAUCCUGUGACUCUGAGGUGCAGAAAUAAAGAUCAACAACUUCUCUCCAAUGUGUUUUUCUAUCACAAUGAUAAACUCCUCCAGAAUGACAGUAGAGAGGAGCUGAAUAUCUCUGCAGUGUCAAAGUCAGAUGAAGGUUUCUACAAAUGUCAACAUUCAGGAAAAGAUUCACCAAGGAGCUGGAUGUCUGUUAGAGUAAGUGUGUCCAGUUCUCUCAGCUCUUCAUUUCCUGUGAUGUUGAUCGUUGGACCAGUUGUUGUUUUUCUUAUUAUUCUCCUGCUGUCAUGGUGGCGAUGCAGUCGGUCCAAAAAUUCAUGGUGCAUCAGGUCAGAGGUCAGCAGUCAGAGCUCCUCCACAAAUCAAGGACUCAACCAGACAGAGAGUCAAGUUUACAGCUCUCUGCUUCAUGGUGAUACUUCUGAGUAUGAAACAAUCCAGGCAGCCUCUAACAAUAGGAGGCCUGUUAACCCAGAGGACGAUCAUAUUUACACAAAUGUGAACAGAAAACACAGGUAG